AUGCAUUGUUCUUCACUGCUGGACAAAGUGGAUCAUCCCGAGGUGCAACAGCACGUGCUGUUGGGCCGAGGCAUCGCAAACACAUUCCUGGGGCAUAAGGAUAAGGCACUCAAGGACCUCACCAAGGGCACAGAGCACUACCCACAUGUGGCGGACUUUUGGAGGCGCCGGGCUCACCUGCUGGCGUCCAUGGGGAGGCAGGCAGACGCCCUGAGCGACUACUCUCGUGCUCUAGAACUCGAGCCAAACCACCCUGAGACGAUUCAGGAAAGAGGAGUGCUGGCAUUCCAGGCAGGUGACUUCUGGACGGCAAUCAGCGACCUCACUGCUUCACUCAAGCGCCAGCCCAAGGACCCCAUGCUCAUCCGUGCCGUCAUUCUUCAAGCUCCCUCCUUCCCUCUCUCUCCCCACUUCGUUCGGGCAUUAAGCUAUGGAGGAGCAGGGCAGUGGAGGGACGCGGUUGAGGUGAUGGAGGAGGCAGUGAGGCGGCAUCCACGGGUGGCGCUGCUGUGGAGUGACAAGGGCCGCGCACACAAGGAGCUGGGGCAGGCGGACCUUGCAGUGGAUGCACUGCACAAGGCACUAGCUCUGGAAGAGUCACCAGAGGCAUAUCUACGGCUGGGCCUUCAGUUGCAGAGCAUUGGGGACCACAGUGAUGCCAUCAAGUACGCCCACAAGGGGCUGAAGCUCAGGCCGAUGGACAUUGAGCUCAACUACUUAGAAGCUUCGUCGCUGCAUGCAGUCGGGAACUACAAUGCUGCUAUAAAGCAGUACAGUGUGAUUAUAGCGCUGCCCUCUCAGGCAGCCAGCGAGUAUGCGCAGGUCCAGCAGUCCUUGGCCUUCUAUCAGAGGGACAUUGCCACGUACACGUGGUCCAAGCUAGCACGGCCCUUCAUUGACUUCCAGAUCGAUGAAGAUCUCGACACCAACUUCAAGAUAGGCGAGCCCACUGACCUUGUGGCUUGGAUCGACCUGCUGGAGAACGAGAUCGAGAGGGGGUAUGGAGGCCUGACAGCUCUCCAGGUGGGCCAGAUGCAGAACGUCAAGUACUACCCUCUCAAGGACAGAACGUUGGAGGUGGUGAAGCAGCGGCUGCUGGAAGCAGAAGAAGCUUUCAACGCGACGGGCAUGACCAUGAGCUCUAAGAGUGUUCAUGGCCUCAUGGUGUGGGAUAGCGCGCGGUCAUUUGACUUUGCCAUUCGCACCUCGGUGGACCGGCCACGUUGGAAGCACCUAGACUUGGAGCUCACAGCAGCAUGGCAGGCGCUGUGUGUUGCAGUGAUGGACGCACACACAGAAACAGCGGACCCUCAUCGCUACCGCCAGAAGAUUCAAGACGCCAUCCUCCGCCUGGGGUACUUCUGGUCAGUACGGCUCAUUAUGUACUCACACUCCGCCACGCUUAGGCCGUGUGCGAUGGCGCCAUCUCUUCGUGCGAUUCGUGCGACGUUCGUUUGUCUUUCGUUGAACCUGACCCUGUGCAAUGUCUUUACCGGGCGCUACUACACCGCGUCGAAUCUUGCCUCUCCCGCAACUCGCAAUCUGGAAGCUGAAUCGACGGAGGCAGCAGCGGGGUUCGUGCUGCCGAGCUCGGCGCGCAGCUGCGACGAAGAUGAGAGUAUCAAUGGAGCCAAGGGGUUGGUACCCUCAUUGAACCAACUCAACUGGAGUCCCGGUCUAUGUGAUUGGGAAAUGCGUCUAAUCGCAUCAGUGCCAAAGCAGAGGACCGCAGCACAGCGUUACCGUCAUCGCACAGGCAUCCGCACCUGCCUCCUCCCUCUGAUUAAAAAGGGAACGAAGCUGUUCAAACUCCUUCCUCCGCCGCCCCUCUCUGCUCCCCCUCUCCCCGCCUGCGAUUCCCCCUCAUCUGGCCGAGGGGGGAAGCUGCUGCUGGGGGGAGCGGACCUGUGCGCCCUGAUGCACGCGGAGGGAGGGGGGAGUGGAUGGGCAGGCGGUGGGGUAAAGGGGGCUGCGGAGGAGAGCAGGGGGGAGCGCAGAGGAGCGGUAGGGAGUUCAGAUGCCAGUGUUGAGAAAGGGGGGGAGAGAGGAGGUGCGUCAGGUUCUGCGGCUGCUGGUGCAGGACGAGCGACACAAAAAAAGGCAGAGGCAGCAGCGAAAUCAGAAAAGGAGAGGUCGGAUGAGGGGGACCGGAAGAAGGGACGUGUGGGCAGUGGGGAGCAAAAGGGGCGUGGAACGACCAGGGGUCACAAGGAAGAGCAGGAGGAUGAGGAGGAUGAGGAGGAGGACAGGGGACGGAGAGGAAGGGAAGGAGUGAAGAAAGGGAGGGAGCAGGCGAAGCAGACAGUCAAGAGAAGUGAGAUUAGGGAUGAUGGGAAGGGGAGUGGUGGUGGUAGUGGUGCGUUUGAGGGCAUGAAAAAGGAGGGGGGACGCGAGAAGGAGAAGCAGGGCGGGCAUGUGAACAAGGAGAUGAUGAUUCGAGCAGCCAUCAGCAUGAUGCAAGCCAAGAAGUUCAACGAAGCGAUCAACCUCUUCAACCAGGUAGAAGCAGAGGGCGGAGAGCUCUCAGAUCAGCUGUACAUCGGCAGGGGCCUCUGCCACCUCAUGCUCAAGCGGUUGGACGAGGCAGAAGACGACUUCACAGAGGGCAUCCAGCGCUUCCCCAGGAGCGCAGAGCUGUACAGGCGGAGGGCCAUGCUGUACAUCGAGAGGAACGAACGGGAGGCGGCUGUGGAGGAUCUGAGCCGGUCCCUGGAGAUAGACCCCGACAACCAGGACGCCCUGCAGCACCGCGGCAUCAUCGCCUUCCACAUACACCUGUACAGCAUGGCCAUCGCUGAUCUCUCCAAGGCGCUUGACAUGCGACCCAUGGAUGCCUACCUCAUCCGCGCCAAGGGCAUAGCCCUGGCGGGGGCAGGGCAGUGGCGCAAUGCGAGUGCCGUGUUCGCAGAGGCAGUGAAACGCCACCCCAUGUCGGCGCACCUGUGGACGGAGAAGGGCCGCGUGCACAAGGAGCUGGGGGAGGUGGACCUUGCACUGGCUGCCCUGCAUAAAGCGCUGGCUCUGGAAGACACUCUGGAGGCGUACAUCCGCCUCACGUCGCUCAUGCAGCUGGUGGGCCGCCACAGGGAGGUGGUAACCACGGCGAGGAGGGGCUUGAAGCUGAAUCCCGACGACAUAGAGCUCAACUACCUGGAAGCUUCUGCACACCAUGCGCUGGGUGAUUUUGAGGCAGCGAUUCUCCUGCGCCUGGAGCUGCAGAUUCUCCUGCGCCUGGAGCUGCAGAUUCUCCUGCGCCUGGAGCUGCAGAUUCUCCUGCGCCUGGAGCUGCAGAUUCUCCUGCGCCUGGAGCUGCAGAUUCUCCUGCGUCUGGAGCUGCAGAUUCUCCUGCGCCUGGAGCUGCAGAUUCUCCUGCGCCUGGAGCUGCAGAUUCUCCUGCGCCUGGAGCUGCAGAUUCUCCUGCGUCUGGAGCUGCAGAUUCUCCUGCGCCUGGAGCUGCAGAUUCUCCUGCAUUCUCCUGCGCCUGGAGCUGCAGAUUCUCCUGCGCCUGGAGCUGCAGAUUCUCCUGCGCCUGGAGCUGCAGAUUCUCCUGCGCCUGGAGCUGCAGAUUCUCCUGCGCCUGGAGCUGCAGAUUCUCCUGCGCCUGGAGCUGCAGAUUCUCCUGCGCCUGGAGCAGCCUGGCGCUGGAGCUGCAGAUUCUCCUGCGCCUGGAGCUGCAGAUUCUCCUGCGCCUGGAGCUGCAGAUUCUCCUGCGCCUGGAGCUGCAGAUUCUCCUGCGCCUGGAGCUGCAGAUUCUCCUGCAUUCUCCUGCGCCUGGAGCUGCAGAUUCUCCUGCGCCUGGAGCUGCAGAUUCUCCUGCGCCUGGAGCUGCAGAUUCUCCUGCGCCUGGAGCUGCAGAUUCUCCUGCGCCUGGAGCUGCAGAUUCUCCUGCGCCUGGAGCUGCAGAUUCUCCUGCGCCUGGAGCUGCAGAUUCUCCUGCGCCUGGAGCUGCAGAUUCUCCUGCGCCUGGAGCUGCAGAUUCUCCUGCGCCUGGAGCUGCAGAUUCUCCUGCGCCUGGAGCUGCAGAUUCUCCUGCGCCUGGAGCUGCAGAUUCUCCUGCAUUCUCCUGCGCCUGGAGCUGCAGAUUCUCCUGCGCCUGGAGCUGCAGAUUCUCCUGCGCCUGGAGCUGCAGAUUCUCCUGCGCCUGGAGCUGCAGAUUCUCCUGCGUCUGGAGCUGCAGAUUCUCCUGCGCCUGGAGCUGCAGAUUCUCCUGCGCCUGGAGCUGCAGAUUCUCCUGCGCCUGGAGCUGCAGAUUCUCCUGCGCCUGGAGCUGCAGAUUCUCCUGCGUCUGGAGCUGCAGAUUCUCCUGCAUUCUCCUGCGCUCUAGAGCUGCAGAUUCUCUUGCGCCUGGAGCUGCAGAUUCUCCUGCGCCUGGAGCUGCAGAUUCUCCUGCGCCUGGAGCUGCAGAUUCUCCUGCGCCUGGAGCUGCAGAUUCUCCUGCGCCUGGAGCUGCAGAUUCUCCUGCGCCUGGAGCUGCAGAUUCUCCUGCGCCUGGAGCUGCAGAUUCUCCUGCGCCUGGAGCUGCAGAUUCUCCUGCGCCUGGAGCUGCAGAUUCUCCUGCGCCUGGAGCUGCAGAUUCUCCUGCGCCUGGAGCUGCAGAUUCUCCUGCGCCUGGAGCUGCAGAUUCUCCUGCGCCUGGAGCUGCAGAUUCUCCUGCGUCUGGAGCUGCAGAUUCUCCUGCGUCUGGAGCUGCAGAUUCUCCUGCGCCUGGAGCUGCAGAUUCUCCUGCGCCUGGAGCUGCAGUAUCUCCUGCGUCUGGAGCUGCAGAUUCUCCUGCGCCUGGAGCUGCAGAUUCUCCUGCGCCUGGAGCUGCAGAUUCUCCUGCGUCUGGAGCUGCAGAUUCUCCUGCGCCUGGAGCUGCAGAUUCUCCUGCGCCUGGAGCUGCAGAUUCUCCUGCGUCUGGAGCUGCAGAUUCUCCUGCGUCUGGAGCUGCAGAUUCUCCUGCGUCUGGAGCUGCAGAUUCUCCUGCGCCUGGAGCUGCAGAUUCUCCUGCGCCUGGAGCUGCAGAUUCUCCUGCGCCUGGAGCUGCAGAUUCUCCUGCGCCUGGAGCUGCAGAUUCUCCUGCGCCUGGAGCUGCAGAUUCUCCUGCGCCUGGAGCUGCAGAUUCUCCUGCGCCUGGAGCUGCAGAUUCUCCUGCGCCUGGAGCUGCAGAUUCUCCUGCGCCUGGAGCUGCAGAUUCUCCUGCGCCUGGAGCUGCAGAUUCUCCUGCGCCUGGAGCUGCAGAUUCUCCUGCGCCUGGAGCUGCAGAUUCUCCUGCGCCUGGAGCUGCAGAUUCUCCUGCGCCUGGAGCUGCAGAUUCUCCUGCGCCUGGAGCUGCAGAUUCUCCUGCGCCUGGAGCUGCAGAUUCUCCUGCAUUCUCCUGCGCCUGGAGCUGCAGAUUCUCCUGCGCCUGGAGCUGCAGAUUCUCCUGCGCCUGGAGCUGCAGAUUCUCCUGCGCCUGGAGCUGCAGAUUCUCCUGCGCCUGGAGCUGCAGAUUCUCCUGCGCCUGGAGCUGCAGAUUCUCCUGCGCCUGGAGCUGCAGAUUCUCCUGCGCCUGGAGCUGCAGAUUCUCCUGCGCCUGGAGCUGCAGAUUCUCCUGCGCCUGGAGCUGCAGAUUCUCCUGCGCCUGGAGCUGCAGAUUCUCCUGCGCCUGGAGCUGCAGAUUCUCCUGCGCCUGGAGCUGCAGAUUUCCUGCGCCUGGAGCUGCAGAUUCUCCUGCGCCUGGAGCUGCAGAUUCUCCUGCGCCUGGAGCUGCAGAUUCUCCUGCGCCUGGAGCUGCAGAUUCUCCUGCGCCUGGAGCUGGAGAUUCGAUUCUCCUGCGCCUGGAGCUGCAGAUUCUCCUGCAUUCUCCUGCGCCUGGAGCUGCAGAUUCUCCUGCGCCUGGAGCUGCAGAUUCUCCUGCGCCUGGAGCUGCAGAUUCUCCUGCGCCUGGAGCUGCAGAUUCUCCUGCGUCUGGAGCUGCAGAUUCUCCUGCAUUCUCCUGCGCCUGGAGCUGCCAGAUUUCUUUCCCUGCGCCUGGAGCUGCAGAUUCUCCUGCGCCUGGAGCUGCAGAUUCUCCUGCGCCUGGAGCUGCAGAUUCUCCUGCGCCUGGAGCUGCAGAUUCUCCUGCGCCUGGAGCUGCAGAUUCUCCUGCGUCUGGAGCUGCAGAUUCUCCUGCGCCUGGAGCUGCAGAUUCUCCUGCGCCUGGAGCUGCAGAUUCUCCUGCGCCUGGAGCUGCAGAUUCUCCUGCGUCUGGAGCUGCAGAUUCUCCUGCGCCUGGAGCUGCAGAUUCUCCUGCGCCUGGAGCUGCAGAUUCUCCUGCGUCUGGAGCUGCAGAUUCUCCUGCGCCUGGAGCUGCAGAUUCUCCUGCGCCUGGAGCUGCAGAUUCUCCUGCGCCUGGAGCUGCAGAUUCUCCUGCGCCUGGAGCUGCAGAUUCUCCUGCGCCUGGAGCUGCAGAUUCUCCUGCGCCUGGAGCUGCAGAUUCUCCUGCGCCUGGAGCUGCAGAUUCUCCUGCGCCUGGAGCUGCAGAUUCUCCUGCGCCUGGAGCUGCAGAUUCUCCUGCGCCUGGAGCUGCAGAUUCUCCUGCGCCUGGAGCUGCAGAUUCUCCUGCGCCUGGAGCUGCAGAUUCUCCUGCGCCUGAGCAUUUCUCCUGCGCCUGGAGCUGCAGAUUCUCCUGCGCCUGGAGCUGCAGAUUCUCCUGCGCCUGGAGCUGCAGAUUCUCCUGCGCCUGGAGCUGCAGAUUCUCCUGCGCCUGGAGCUGCAGAUUCUCCUGCGCCUGGAGCUGCAGAUUCUCCUGCGCCUGGAGCUGCAGAUUCUCCUGCGUGGGAGCUGCAGAUUCUCCUGCGCCUGGAGCUGCAGAUUCUCCUGCGCCUGGAGCUGCAGAUUCUCCUGCGCCUGGAGCUGCAGAUUCUCCUGCGCCUGGAGCUGCAGAUUCUCCUGC